CGUCGCGUUCAGCUCCGCUCCAGAGGUCGACACACAGACCAACACUGUGGUGUGUGAAAGAGCAUUCGCCAAUUUCAGCCGCUCCGAGUCAGGGUAGACAAAGAAAACGGACGACGCUCGACGACAUCAACGACGACCACGACAACGCACGAGCGAGGGUAUCGCAAUCAUGAGUUUCGAGAACGGUCGCAAGCAAUCUCUCGAGAUGAAGGAAGACAAGAAUGCACCCGUCGUCAGCGAGGCGGACGCUGAGCUCGCCGAAGCAUUGAGGAACUAUGUGCCCGGCACACGGGAGGAGAAGCAGCUCGUCAGGAAGAUUGACCUUUACCUGAUGCCCAUGCUUUGGAUCAUGUACAUCCUCAACUACGUCGACCGCACAAACAUCGGAAACGCAAAGAUCGCAGGAAUGCAAAAGGACCUCUCACUCACCGACGAUGGAUACGCCUGGGUCCUCUCGAUUUUCUUCUUUGGGUACCUCAUCUGCGAGGUCCCCUCCAACAUGAUCCUCAGCCGCAGCAGGCCAUCGAUCUUCCUUCCCGGUAUCAUGCUCGUAUGGGGCGCCCUCAGCGCCCUCAUGUCCAUCUCAAAGACCUACGGCGCCCUCCUCGGCUUCCGCUUCGUCCUAGGCUGCAUCGAGGCCGGCUUCUUCCCGGGCGUGCUCUUCCUGCUCUCGUGCUGGUACACUCGCGCCGAGCUCGGCAAGCGCUUCGCCAUCUUCUACACGGCCGCCGUCCUCUCGGGCGCGUUCGGUGGUCUCCUCGCCGGCGCUAUCACCGCGAACCUCCAUGAUGCGCACGGCAUCGCCGGCUGGCGCUGGCUCUUCAUCGUAGAGGGCGUCGCGACCGUCGGCGUCGCGCUCAUCGCCUUCUUCGUCCUGCUCGAUUACCCCGCCACCGCGAGGCAACUCACCCCCGCCCAGCGCCAGCUCGCGAGCAUCCGCAUCAUCGCCGACGGCAUUGCCUCGGGUGGGCAGAGGAAGGCGCGCCUGUCGCACUGGAAGGCCUUUGUCGCUGCCGUGUCGGACCCGCGGACGUACAUGUUCAUCCUCCUCUUCAUGCUCGACGUUGGCGCGGGCACGAUUUCGUACUUUAUCCCGACCAUUACGCUUACCUUGGGUUACGACACUGUCAAGGCGCAGUACAUGACGGUGCCCAUCUACGCCGUCGCCUCCGUGUGCCUCAACAUUGUUGCGUGGAGCUCUGAUAAGCACCAGGAGCGGCGGUGGCACGUUGCUGCGCCGCUUGGCCUGGGCUUCGCGUGUGCUGUUGUGUGUGCUGCGGUGCAGACGCCGAUUGUGCGGUAUGUCAUGGUUUGCUUCUUGGCUGCGGGUAUUUGGUCUGCGCUGCCGCUCGUUCUGUCCUGGACGAGUGGUGUUAUUAGCUUGCCGGCUGAGAAGCGCGCCAUUGUGUUGGCCAUGGUGAAUGCGUUUGGCAACUUUUCGAGUGUGUACGGGAGCCGUAUCUGGCCGAGCAAGGAUUCGCCGGCGUAUCACACUGGAUUUGGUGUUACGGCUGGGUUCUUGGGUGCGGGUAUGAUUAUUGCAAUCUUGAUUCCCAUUCUACUCAAGAUGGUGAAUUGGCAAGGGACAAAGGCGGAAAGAGAGGUUCUUGAGGAGAACCGGUUGGAGGAGUGAGCAUGCUGAUAUGUUGUUGGGAAGAGCGGGGGUUUGGUUUCGAGUGGAGGAUUACGGAAGCGUACAUGAUACUUUGAUAUGGAUGGCCUACGGGACUAAUUGAGUCACCUGACAUUUCACGACUAUGCUUGGAUAACCCUUCUCGUGCCACUUUACCUUGAUCGUUGAGAGGAUCUCUGCGAUACCGCUGCGGGCGCCAGAAUCGCAAGUACGCAAGCAUCAAAUUAAGAACCUUGAUUCUAGGUCUUGUUUCUCACAAGGGUAGAGGCAAAAUCACAGGAAGAUCAACCUAUGGGGGCACUUGGCCAAUGCCAUACUACCUUGACGCUGACGCCUUGCUGAGUGGAAUGAACUCUGCACGCCUUGGUGGAAGUUGGGGAGAGAAAACGCGGUAAAGUUUCGAACUCUUCCGUGGUUCUUGAUACGGCCCCACGAAUCAUCAAGGUGAUGCGGCCAAAUAACC